AUGGACGUCACUCUAUACACCUACGACUUGUCUGGAGGCAUGGCCAGACAGAUGUCCAUGGGCCUACUCGGGUUUCAGCUAGAUGCAGUCUACCACACCUCGAUUGUUCUCGACGGUCGUGAGUAUGUCUAUGAUGGGAAUGUGGUGGCUAUUGCGCCAGGAUCGUCUCACCUUGGGCGGCCGCUUCAGCAGAUACCCCUUGGAACGACUCACCUUCCGAUGGAUGUGAUCGAAGAGUACCUGGACUCUUUAAGGGAGAUCUAUACUGUCGAGGCAUACAAUCUGUGGCAUCAUAACUGCAACAACUUCUCCAAUGACUUUGCCACGUUUCUGGUUGGCAAAGGCAUUCCUGACCAUAUCGUCAACAUGCCCGAGGCUGUCAUAAACUCGCCCCUGGGCAGUAUGCUUCUUCCUGCCUUGAACCAGACGGUUGAGGCAAACCGGCAGCGAGGCGGCAUCCUGGGCAUUCAGAACAACUCACUCAACGGUACUAGCAAGCCGGUAGCUCAACUGCAUCACAACCAGGGCCGCGUCCACGAAGUGAACAAUCUGACCGAGCUCAACGGCCUGUUGGAAAGCGCACGAAAAUCCUGCGCUGCCAUUUUCUUCACCUCGGCAACGUGUCCGCCUUGCAAGACUUUGUACCCCCUAUACAAUGAGCUAGCCGCAGAAUUCGGCACCAAGGCGGUAUUGAUCAAGGUCGACGCUUCAAGGGCGUUCGAUGUCGGCAAGCACUACUCGAUAUCUGCAACGCCUACCUUUAUCACCUUUCUGCGUGGCCAACAGGAGAACAAGUGGGCUGGCGCCGACCCUGCCCAACUCCGCGGGAAUAUCCAAUUGCUGGUGCACAUGGCUUGGCCGUCACAUCCCCAUGAAUCCCUCAAUCUCCCUACAUUCUCUGGCACACGGGCAAAGCCGAUUUUUUAUUCCAAGGUGCCACCCCUUCCGAAGCUCCUGGGCAAGAUGGGUGUCGCUGGAGGGGAUCCGGCAGUGAAGGAACUGGCCUCUUUUAUCGAGGCUCGCAACCAGCAGGGUCCAGCGGAAGCACAUCUGCCCAACAUCAGCGCCGUCACGACCUUCCUCAAGACUUCAUUGCAGAGCCUAGCGACAGACUCGUUGUUUACCGCAGUGGAUCUUCUGCGAUGCGGCCUGGUCGACCCACGCCUGAGUGGCGUUCUCGCGGAAGAACAGGGCCAUAGUACGAUAAGGUCACUCCUCGACCAUGUCAACCACCUCACGGACUGCCCGUAUGCUCUCCGGCUUGUUACAUUACAGGCAGCAUGCAAUCUAUUCACCAGCCCCUUGUAUCCGGAACAGAUUCUCUCCAAUGAGCAGCUGCGCUCGCCAAUCAUUCAGUUGUUGUCGUCGAGUUUCCUUGACGACAGCCACAACAACGUGAGGGUAGCUGCAGCAUCGCUUCUGUUCAACUUGUCACUUGCCAAUAGCGCCAAACGUAGGGAAGGUCCGGGAGAUGCAUUGCCAGAGGGCGACCAAGUCGAGCUCGCGGCGUCCAUCUUGGAGGCCGUCUCGCAGGAGGAGAAAUCGCCCGAGGCUCUGGAAGGCAUGCUUCUGGCUCUGGGUAAUCUGGUGUACCUUUUGCCUCUAGACGGCGAGUUGGCUGAUCUACUGCGCACCAUGGACGCUCAAGACACCGUAUUGGCGAAGAAGACACAUUUCAAGGACCUAAAACUGAUAGAUGAGGUCGGUUUGGAGCUCCUAGGCAAGGGACUUAAGAUGCCUUGA